GUUGGCGGCAGUCUCAAGGCUGGUUACUGGGCAUUUAGUUGAGGCUGAUUAGGUGUUUACUUCAGGCUGGUUAGGUGUUGUAUUUCAGCCUGUUUCAGCCUGACGUUUAGUUACUGUCCACCCUUUAGGUUCCCCGCGCUCGGCGCAAACCCUGAAGUUCCUGAAACUCGGUUAUCUUGAAGUGAACCCUAGGUUCGGGUCGAAAGCCCUAGAGCUGUUGCCAGCUCACCUACUUGGUACUUCGGGAUAAGCCGCUCCGUUACUGCCAGUGGUUGGACGCGUGGCCAUGACGGCCAAAGAUGUGGACCCCGCAUUUCACGGGCUCAGCCAUAAACCGGGGUUGGAGGUGUGGCGAUUGGAGCAGGACGGAGUGGUCCCUGUUCCCAAGGCCGACCAUGGCAAAUUCUACACCCGAGACAUCUACAUUGUGCUCAAGACGUCAGGCAGCAAGGCAGCAGGCGGCGUCGCCCACGCUGUGCACUACUGGCUGGGCAAGGGAACCACCCCGGAGGACGCAGCCCGGGCGGCGCUGAAGGCGCUGGACCUAGAUAUUGCCGUGGGCGGCAAGUCAACGCAGCACCGGGAGCGGCAGGGGCACGAGUCGCCGCUGUUCCUCUCCUACUUCCGCCCGUGCAUCAUCCCCGUGGCGGGGGAAAAGGGCCAGGCGGACCCUGCUUCGGCCGAGCCUAGUCUGUACCAGGUCAAGGGGCGGCGCUUCCUGCACGUCAGACAGGUGCCCUUCGCCCGUUCCUCCCUCAACCACUCGGACGUGUUUGUGCUGCACGCGCCCACCAAGCUCUUCCAGUUCAACGCAGCCAACUGCUCCAAGCAGGACCGCGUUCGAGCCACAGACGCCACCCUGCUGCUCAAGCAGCAGUCUCCCAAUGGCAGCAUGCCCGUUGCUGUUAUUGACGACGGCAAGGCGGACGAUGCGAGCUCCAGCGAGUUCUGGGACCUGUUUGGCGGCUUUGCGCCCAUCGCCAAGAAGGGGGCGAGCGAAGAUGAUGUGGAGGCCAAGGCCGUGCCACCGACCCUGUACCUAGUCACUGCCAGCGGGCUGCAGGAGCAAGCCAAGGCGCCACUCAAGAAGAACAUGCUGGAGGGCGGCAAGUGCUACCUGCUUGACACGGGCCCGAGCCUCUUCGUGUGGUUCGGGAAGAUCGCCACCGUUCCUGACAAACGGGCUGCUUGUGUUGCUGCAGAGGCGUAUCUGUCGUCAGCCAGCAAGCCCCCCUGUGUGCAAGUCACUCGAAUGAGCGAGAGGGCCGAGACCGCUGCUUUCAAGGCUGCCUUUGCGGAGUGGCCGCUUGCCCCGGUGAUGGGCGGCGGGGAGGGUGGGGCGAGCAAGCUCAAAGCUAUGCUGCGGCAAUCAGGCAUGGUGGAUAAGGCUGUAGCAAGGGGGUCGUCAGGAGCAGCAGCAGCAGCCGAGGCACCACCACCUCCCCUGGCGGAUGUCGCCGGGGAGAUGAAGGUGUGGCGGCUGAACGGCAGUAACAAGACAGCUGUGCCAGCAGAGGAGGUGGGGCGGUUCCACAGCGGCGACUGCUACAUCAUACAGUACACGUUCACGCGCGACCGCAAGUACGAAUAUGUGGUCUUUCUGUGGGUCGGCCGGGACAGCACCCAGGAGGAGAGGACGUCAGCACUGGCUGCAGCCACACGGGCAGCAGACGCCCUCAGGGGAAACGCCACUCUGGUGCGAGUAGUGCAGGGGAAGGAACCCGAGCAGCUCAUUUCCCUGUUCAAGACCAACCUCUUUUUCCUCAAGGGUGGCAACAGUGCGAGCUACAAGGCGGACGCCACCGCCGCUGACAACACGUACGACCCGGCAGGCGUGGCUCUGUUCCGCGUGCGCGCCCGGGGGGCGGCGUCCACUGGAGGGAGCGGUGCGGGGUUGUUCAAAGCGGUUCAGAUGGAUCCGGUGGCCAAGUGGCUCAACUCUGAGGACUGUUUUGUGCUGCAGACGCCCACUAGCUCGUUUCUGUGGCUUGGCAAUGGCAGCAGUGCGGCUGACAAGGAUGCGGCUGCUGCUGCUGCUGAAAUCAUCAAGCCUGGAGCGUUGGUGAAGCAGGUGGCAGAGGGCAAGGAGACGUCGGUGUUUUGGCAGCACGUGGGCAGCAGAGGGGAGUACCCUGCAGCGAGGGAGGGGAAGGAAGUAGCAAGGGACGGCCGCAUGUACCAAGUCACAGGGACUGCCAAUGCAUUCAAGGUGCUGGAGGUGCCUAACUACAGUCAGGAGGACCUCAUUAGCGAGGAUGUGAUGCUGGUGGACGCACACACAGAGGUAUUCGUGUGGGCGGGGGUCAACGCGCCGGACAAGGAGAAGAAGGAUGCUCUUGACUACGCGCUGCGCUACCUGGAGCAGGUGGCAGCAGCGGAGGGGCGGUCCAGAGACACCACGGUGGUGAGGGUGGUGGAGGGGUACGAGCCCCCCAUGUUCACCGCUCUCUUCCCCCACUGGGACCACGCCGCCAGCGCGGCGCUAGCGGACCCGUAUGAGCGAAAGCUCGCUCUGCUGCAAGGGAGAGCACUGGAGCUCUCAGAUACUGCCAAGCGCCGCCUCGCAGCUCUCUCCCACCAAUCCCCCUCCGCCACCUCCUCUUCCUCCACCCCCCACUCCUCCUCCACUCCCCACUCGCCCCACUCCAAGCCCCCCCUCUCCCUCACCAUCUCCCCUGCGCUCAUCAAGGGCCUGGCUGGGAGAACUGCCGUGGGGCCAACGGGCCUUUCUCCUGGUCCGUCCCCCUCCACCCAGCGUGCUGCUGCCAUGGCUGCUCUGACAGGGACGCUCAAGGGGGAGCCCAGAAUGGCGCACUCUGCGUCGGUUACGGCUCCUCACUCCGAGGUGGAGCCGCUCAAGCUCUCCAAAUCAGGCUCGGUUUCGGGCUCUGUGCCCGAGGGGGGUAGCGAGGAUGACAAUAGCGAGGACGAGGUUGACGGGAAGAAGAGUGGUGCUCGUGCUGGUGCUGGUGGUGGUGGUGCUGCUAGUGGUGCUAGUGGUGCACCAAUUGGGGAGGAGGCAGUGGAGGGGGCGACGUACGCGUUUGACAGGCUGAUUGUUGACAGCAGGAACCCGAUUCGAGGGAUUGACACUGCUAGGAGGGAGUCGUACCUGUCGGACGCUGACUUCCGCCGCAUAUUCGGGUACGACAAGAGCAAGUUCUAUGCGCUGCCCAAGUGGAAGCAGGACCAGAGGAAGCGCGCCCUGGGGCUCUUCUAGUAGAUCGUUGUGCCCGCACAUACUUCAUUGUGUAUGUGUUUGUGUUCCUAUCUUGCGAGAAAGACAAUGCCAACGGUUAUGCCUCCCUCUCAAGUGGAUGUUGAGCUAUUGAAAAUUAGCCCUCCGGCUUGUCUUUAGGUGGAGUUCAAGUAGAUGCCGAACAAUAGACAUCUCGCAAGGCUUAUUUAGCCGAGUCAGGGGACAUCUUAGGCGUCCCUCCCUACAAAUCGUCAGAUUCAACAUUCGGCUAGUCAGAAGUUUUUCCUUACCAAAACCUGUGCCUGGGCUCCCCCAGGCUUCCCCUUAGUUCGUUGGCUUAGCAUUAGUCCACUUCCACAUAAUGUUGAUAUGGUAGGCGUCUAUAUUGCUGUUGAUAUGCUGGAGAGGGGAUUUGCAUGCAUGCUGGAGAGGGGAUUGGCUUAGCAUUAGUCCACUUCCACAUAA